CAGAAACGGGAACUGAAAAGAAGCAAUUAUUUAGUUUUAAUAAUCGUCAUUUACAGAUAAACACGCAUUUGGCGGGAAAAGCCAUUAUUUUUAAAUUUUCCAGUUUACCAUCAGAUUUUCACGAAUUUGAGAUCUUAGACGUCACGAAGCAACGAGGAUACAAUUUUUCCCGGCUCUCUGUCAUUUUCAAGGAAAGUCGUGAGACACGGGGUAGGGUGAUUUUGGCACUGGCUUUAAAAUUCUAUUCGGGACUUAGACAAAGCGGAAUUUGAAACAGUAUUCCCACGGCGAUCCUCCUCCUCACUCCUCACUCCUCACGGCAAAGAGAUGCAAGAAUAAUGUCGAUUGUAAACUUCGCCAAAUGCAGAGCUUCUCAAAGUUUCGCAGCACAGUCGCGAGAAAGGUCAAUUUCGGUAACCAGAUACUCACGUUUCAAUGAAACCUGGCUGAAUUAUGAACAACUCUCUGACAUAUCUGUUUUAAUCCCCUUACAUUUGAAACUACUCCAUCUUCAAAUUUGAAAGUCAAACCUAACCUCGCUCUUUCGUCAAACCUUAUCGAGAAAUCAAACUGUUUUUAUUAAAACUGCCCACUGUAAUUGAACUUUCAAUUUUCAAGGAUAUUGCACAUAUUUGGAGUCUUGAGUAUGUCCUGAACGAUAGGCGAACGUUUUAAAGGAGGCAGCAUGAAAAGGAAUGGCAGAAAAACGAAAUAGUACGUUUGUAGUACAGUCUGCGAUUAGAAGGAGCUUCAAAGCCGAGGAACGGAGAGGGAGAGCGUAUGAAAUUGGAGCGUAGCAAUCAGAAAUGGGAUGUUCAUUGAAUUCGGCCGGUAAAGGGGAAAGAGUAAACCACGACAAGGAGCACAACACACAUUGUGAACCAAACCCUGAGGGGAAUCGAUAAGAACUGGGUUAAUACGAUCAGCUAAAGCAGCAGACUUCUUUAACCUGGCUAUUAUAUUUAAAAUCGACCAUAUGGCCAAAUGUGGUAAACAAUCCCAUGGGACAUGCAUUUUAGUCCAUUCCCUUUGAACAGAAUCGGUUUCGUCGCAUUAUUCGGCCUUGUGGUUGGUCUUUCUCUGUGAAUUUAUGUGACUUUUAGAAUUCUCCAUCUAAGAUCUGCCAAGUCCUUACUGGAAUUCCCGCAAAAGCUUAAUCCGCAAAGAAACCUGCAAUCGAUUCUCACUUUCAUCUAAAUUUCUCCCUCUACAACACCCAGACAUCAGUACUCAAACCAUUCUCCAACCUAAACUACGUUCGUCGUCGUAGCUUUGCUAAAAACCGCAAUGCCCGAGCAAAUACAAAGCGUAAAUCUUUGGUUCCAUAGAACUGUAUCCCACUCCAACGCAGGAAAUAAUUGUUUCCACUUGGUUAAUAGGCGUCAGUUCAGCGGCCGUACCAAGACGGACUGGUUAAUCUUCAGUCGGGGGUUGCGUGUCUUCGGCUCAGGGCUGUAGGCGUGGGACGCACGUCGAGCCCUGCGCACAGUACGCGUACUGAAAGCCGCGCGGAAGCCGCGCCGGAAGGUUUAGUCUGCGCGCGACACUUGUCCGAGACGCGUCGCGCUCCUCUCCUCCAGAAAGUGUAUCCUCACAACGAUUCCUUCGUAGAACCACGAGGAAUAUUUCAAUCGAACUCUCGACAAACCUUUCUUCGUUGAUCGAUCAUGGCUUCACACUUGCACCACGGGACACCGUGCGAUAAUCCUAUGGUGGUCCUCUGAUUCUAGGGUUGCUGGCAUUCUUGAAACUUCCUGGACCGUUUCAGUGAGGAACAGAGAUCUCUGUAGAGAUACGGAAAUAAGUUGGAGAAUUGAGUUUUAUUUUUCUAGUUACCUGCUGAAUUUUUGCAACUUGCUGUCAUCCGAAGAAUCCAAGAUGCAGGAAGUGAAUAAUUUCGUAAUGAUUGGCUGAGUUCCAAGAGAUCCCGAGCUUCUUGCGAUCCUGACAGGGGUCUCACUGUCUGGGGAAACAAAAUUUGAAGCUUCUCAGUUCUGCGAAUCCUUCGAUCAUGAUUUAUCCAGCCGAUUCAUCAAGGAAGAUUCCCAGCGAAGCGCUUCUGUGAAGAAGAAGAUCUGUUAAAGUAUCUCUCUUCGAUAGUCUUAAGAUAUAUUCGACAAACUGUUACCUAUCGAUAAUUAGCUGCGAAAAAUUGUUGUUAGACGAGAAGAUUCGUCAAAGAAUCGCGUUUGAAGGGUUUAAGAGGAGUCAGACAGUGGCAGAUGAGGCCAAGUCCAGGCAAAUCUGUUACCAGGCUGAACAUUGAGCGUCGAGGGGCCUUGGCUCGUUUAAGCUGUAAUUGCCAAGCUGCUGCAUGCAAUUGGACCGUUUGUUCCUGUCGUGUGUCCGUGAUUGAUCCACAUUCCUCGUCCAGAUCAUCGCUUUCUUCUCCGCAGGCCAGCAUUCCUCACAGUUUUGGCAUCCCAUUUCGCCAAAUGUACACUUACGCCGAAUAUUAACAUGAUCCUUCGUACCAAGCUCUGCAGAGACUCUUCAAAGGCUCUUCUAGACAAACUAAAAUCAAAAGAAAACGCCUUGAAAGGCCAUUUUUUAGCUUCUGAUCGGCUAGAGCUAUCGAUCCUUUGAGUGAACAGGUGUGGAGGUGGAAAUUACGAGGAGGAUCUCGUGUGAAAUCUCGGAAAGGGACUGGAGUCUGAGUUUGGGGAACGGAGCAAGCAGUUGGUGAGGUUUCGCAAGGAUCUGACAAGAAGGGAUAGUGAUGAAGCUGGAAAAGAGCGCGGCAGAUCGGAUGGAUCUUCGUGGAAGAUUGAUCAGUCAGUCUGAUAAAACGGAGGAGGAAUCGUUGUGAAAGGGGCCUAAGAGUGCCGGGAAUCAAAAACGUGUCAAGAUCGAGCAUCGAGCGAAGGAUGAUGACACCGCGAUAACGAGAUACCUGGAACUCGAUUUUGCGUCGUUUCACCCGAUUGCGAUAAUUAGCCCAAUUUCCUACAAUUUUUUCAUUGAUCCCUGACGAGGAGCAAGAUGGAGUAGCGGAGGACGGCGUUGAAUUGGUCGGAAGAGUUUUUCGACCGACACAGGCAGAGAAAGGGACGAUAUGGAGAAAUACGGCGUCGAGUUCCCGAGGCAUGAGUGGAGCCACCGCCUCAGCCUUCGUGCAAGUCGAAGAAGUCACCAGGGCGAGGUGGCUACCAGAUCUGUAACCGGGUCCGUGAGAAGCACGCGAAGAUGGGCCAGCUUGCGACAGCACGUGAGCAACAGCGACGGUGGCAAGCCGAAGGUGGAGCUGUUGCUCGAUCCCCCGGGAUCCAAGUCCUCGACACCAUCUUCUCAACCGCAUACACCCAACACUCCUCGAACUCCUCAUACACCGCUGAGGAAAUCCAACUGGGAAGUGAUCGAGCACUUCACUGGCGCGCCACGUCCCUCCAUCGUCACGAUGAGCAGGGGAUCGGAGGUGGGAGUUGGGCUUAGAACCGGGAAAGAGCCGACACAGGAGGCGAGCGUUAACGCGACGAUAACUCAGCCAGCGAGGAAAUGUGCGCUCUGCCGUUUUUUGAAGUCGCUGUGCGCCUCUCACCGCUUCAAAAACUUGCAGGUUGAAAUGCUGUAUCAACGCUACUUUCUCAGGAUGAACCAAAGCAACAUGACACACGUUCUCGGCUUACUAGCGGGGCUGGCGUUUGCCCUGGGUAUGCUUCUGAUGCUGAGACUCGUGAUAGAAGACAGCCAACAAUUCCUUGCCACUUUAGAGAGGCCAGAAAACCUGUCGCUAGCAGUGACGCUGGUCGUCUGCGUCGCAAUUUAUGCUGCCUUGGUAGCGGCGAUAUCCAGGCCUGGGAUGAACGAAAUCUGGUUAGCCGGCGUGAGUGGAAUAGUCCUGGUGACUCUACUCGCGUUGCAAGUGGUUUUGAAUGUACAUCUGGCGCUCGGAUCAAAGGAACAUCGGAGCGGAGGCCCUUUGGCUGCAGUGUGGGCUGUGUGCUUCUUCAUUUACAUGGCGUACGCACUUCUGCCCAUAAGGCUGCGGCACGCGUGCAUCGCUGGUUUCAUUUUCUCGCUGGCGCAUCUGAUCGGAGCGUUCGUCCUCUACCCUUCGCAAUAUCCUGCCAUGAUGGAACACCUGUUAAGCUCUAUCGUGGUAGUGGGUGGGACAAAUAUGGCAGGCGUUCUGACGCAUCAUCCCCGCGAACUGGCACAGAGGCAAGCCUUCCUGGAAACCAGGCAAUGCGUCGAAGCUCGAUUGACUACACAGAGAGAAAAUCAGCAACAGGAACGGCUUCUAUUGAGCGUGUUGCCACGCCACGUAGCCAUGGAGAUGAAGGCAGACAUCGCAGGGAAGCCGAAAGAUACCAUGUUUCACAAAAUUUACAUUCAAAGGCACGAGAACGUCAGCAUUCUGUUCGCCGAUAUCUGCGGGUUUACUUCGUUGUCGGAUCAGUGCACUGCCGAGGAAGUCGUCAGGCUGUUGAAUAAACUGUUUGCCUGCUUCGACACGCUGGCGGCUGAGCACCAUUGUCUUCGAAUCAAACUACUCGGCGACUGCUAUUACUGUGUCUCUGGACUUCCGGAACCGAGACCAGAUCACGCUCGUUGUUGCGUGGAAAUGGGUUUGGACAUGAUUAGCGCCAUUACUUUAUAUCGAGAGGUUGGUGCGGUGAACGUGAACAUGAGAGUGGGGAUACACACAGGCAGAGUUCAUUGCGGGGUCCUUGGCUUGAGGAAGUGGCAGUUCGACGUCUGGAGCAACGACGUCACCCUGGCCAACUACAUGGAAAGCGGCGGAAUACCGGGACGAGUGCACAUCACGAAAGAAACACUGGACUGUCUUGAUGGCGUUUACGAGGUGGAAGAGGGCCAUGGGGGUGAGAGAAACGCGUAUCUGAAGGAGCACGAUAUCAAAACCUACCUAAUUGUCCCCGGAGACACGUAUAAGGGUAACUUACCCUCGUCCGGGCUGAGGAAAGGUUUGCCAGCGAAUGGCAACGUGUCGAAAGAGAUGAGAGUGAUGGGACACGGUUCGCAACACGGAAAACAGAACAAAUUAGGGUUUGGCGAGACGACCGAGGCGAAAAAGGACCCGGAGGACGAGGUGAACGAGUACCUGAUGAGAGCAAUCGACGCCAGGAGCAUAGAUCGAUUAAGAGCGGAGUAUUGUACGCCCUUUGUCCUAACCUUUCGCCUGCCCGACGUCGAAGGGAAGUAUUCGCGCGAAAGGGACAGAAUGCUCUCGGCAUAUUUCGUGUGCUCCGGCUUCGUCUACAUGGUCGUCGUGAUUGCCAUAGCGAUCACUCUACGAGGGAGCGGAUACUUUUACACUUGUGUGACAGUGAGCACGUUGAUUAUCGCCACGAUCAAUGGGAUACUACUGGCAGAGAAGAACGAGAGAGUGCCACGGUGUCUGCGAGAUUUUGCGGUGCACGUGUUCGAGAAUCGUGGAGUCGCUCAGGUGUUAGCUACGUGUGUCGUGUUUCUCACUUUCGCCACAGCUUUAUCACCGUUGGUAACGCUGGAAGAUGGUCACGUGUGUGGGAACGUGACGUCUUCAUUGACCGAGUGGCCAGAUAAUUCAAGCGUAACGUUCCAGAGUAUCGACACGCCCGUCGAUGUUUGCUAUUACACUGUCUUUGCUGACCUUUUCCCGGUACUAGUGAUGCUAGUUAUGAUAACCUGCGCUGUCUAUCAGAUUUUAACAUCGGUGUUCAAAGUAGCUAUACUAAGCCUAGUAGUCGCUUGCUAUUUAUCCAUCAGCAUCUACGAAGCCAUACACGAAAGAGAUGUAGAAUUGACUGGAAGAUGGUUAGCAGGUGUUCUGGUGAUUUUCUUUAUGACGUGUCUCAUUGCUCAUUCCCAACACACAGAAGCUACUUACAGGUUGGACUUCUUAUGGAAGUUGCAAGCAACCGAGGAAAAAGAAGAAAUGGAGCACCUGAAAGCCUACAACCAAAAGCUGCUGGCCAACAUACUUCCGGAACACGUGGCUGCCCACUUCUUAUCUACGGUUAAUUCAGACGAAUUGUACCACGAGCAGUGCGACUUCGUUUGCAUAAUGUUCGCCUCGAUACCUAACUUUUCCGAGUUUUACGUGGAGCUCGAGGCGAAUAACGAGGGCGUCGAGUGUCUCAGGCUGUUGAACGAGAUCAUCGCCGAUUUCGACGAGCUUCUAGCUGAAGAGCCGUACAAAUACAUCGAGAAGAUCAAGAGCACUGGUGCCACGUACAUGGCUGCAUCCGGAUUAACGAAGAACACCUGCGACAUGAAAGAUUACAAACACGUAACCGCGAUGGCAGACUACGCGCUCAGGAUACGCGAACAGCUGGCGUCUGUUAACGAACACAGCUUUAACAACUUCCGGUUGCGUGUGGGCAUCAAUAUUGGACCGGUCGUCGCCGGGGUGAUAGGCGCCCGAAAGCCGCAGUACGAUAUUUGGGGUAACGCGGUAAAUGUGGCCUCGAGGAUGGAGUCUACAGGCGUGUUGGAUGGGAUUCAGGUCACCCAGGAAGUUCGCGACAUCCUAAUCGCCAAAGGAUAUCCGCUCACCUGUCGUGGUACCAUUCAGGUGAAAGGCAAGGGUAGCAUGGUCACUUAUUUCCUGGAUGGUCCUCGUGAGCCAACCAAGGCCAGCAAUAUCUACAGCAAUAGCAACGAGGAGAAAAUCAGCUCUGUGACGAAUGGUAAUUUCGAUGGACCUGUCUCGCCUACCGUCGACGUCUGAACCAUCUUUUUAUCUCGUACGGUCCAUAGGGACCGAGAGAGAAUUUCUGCAACGAGAACAACAUUUUUCUGUAGGGGAAAAAAUAUUCCUAUUUUCCGGAUGUGCGAAGAAUUUUCGAACGGCGACAAAUGACGGUAAAUGAGAAAAGGAUAAGCUGUCUUUUGGGUGACGUAAUCAGCUUCUGGAUUCAGCUUUGUAAUAUCUUUGCUGAAGCAAAAGAGAGAAAAAAAAAAGAAAAAAUUUGAGAAAAGAAAGAAAUCCAAAAGCAAAUAAAGAAAAUGCAAAAUUACGCGGAGGAAAUCAAACGAACUCUCAGAGGGAAUUCAAAGAAAUCAAAAUUCAAAGGAAUUUAGCUUUUUAACGAAAACACGAUCGAACGAUAGUUGUGGCAACGUUGCAAUGAGAAAUCAUGUUUAUAGACACGAGACAGACAGACGAUAAUAAUCGUUUCCUAUAUCGCUCCGUGUUCUUUCUCCGAUCGAUAGAAGCAAGGCAAAUUCAUUGGAAAUAUAAAUAAUAUCGUGUCUGAAGUGGAAGACGAGAGAAGAGAUCAAGAUCCUAUGCAUAGUAUUUUUCCAAACAGUCGAAUCAUCUGUACACUACUUAACCGUUAGAAGAUUCAGAGAGGAGAAGUUGGAAUGCAGUUUGGAAACUUGGAUUCGGAAAAAAAUGUAUCUUUUUGUCGUUAAUAUUGGGCUGGCAACUAAGUGGUUGCGGAUUUUGCCAUUAGGGGGCAUUGGCAUAAUCCGCAAUCACUUAGUUGCCAACCCAAUAGAAACACGCAAGUGUUUUUCAAGGACAUCGAUAUUCCUCGCAAAGUCUUGAACUUCUUUUUCUUUAACACUCUGUAUAUACCGCGUUAUCGUUAUUUUCAUGGUAUUUAGAGAUAUGGUAUUUAGAGGUUGGCAAUUCUGAUGUUAAAUUAUUUCGCUGUCCGUUUGCCUGUCCUACGAUCCACCGACUACCGUCCCCAAUGACGACGAGAAUCGAUUUCUAAGAUUCGUCGAGUAGUUGCGAGUGGAACACGCAGGCGAGAAAUCGUGUAAGCUCAAACUAACUUCCACUAUGUAUCUCACCAAUACAUCGCGCUAUAUACAAUAGCAUCGUUAUAGCGCGUGUCGUACUUAAGCCGUAUCUCGCUAUUCUCUCUGAUUAGCUGCUUCGAUUGCAUUCUAAUCCGGGGAAUAUGAUCCUUCUAAGUUGUCAGCCAUAUCAAUUUACAGGCUCUGGGAUCAAGUAACUAAUUCAGUGGUCAAAUAUCGUAAUGGAGAUGUAUAUCUGCAGAAUGGAAUCGCUCGAGUACUGAGAAUCGUGCACGAUUCGACGAAUUGCUUUUCUAAGAGGAUUGUAAUUUAGAAAAUUGCUUCUCCAAAGGGAAGACAGACGUUAUGAAAGUAUAAUUUGACAAAUUUCUCUUCUUUUUUGUCUUGUUUUUUUUAUUUAAGAUACGUGGUCGCAUUAGUGGAUAAGAUCCGUAGAAAUUUAUUUAGAGAGCUAUAAUUCUGCUUGCGUUCGAUUUAAAUAAAUUUUCAAGUAACUUUUCAACUUCCCACUUUUCUAAUUUUCAAACGAUCCCACAAUCGAUUGUCCUGGUUUUCGAAUAGCCCGCGUUCCAGCUUUCCACUCCGACGUACCAAGAAAAAUAUAAUCUUCGAUAUGGUUGGACGCGGUGUCAGUUGCCAGAAAAUCACGUCGAUCUAUUCGAGCGAUAUUUGACCAAGUAAAAGAACGCGAUCGCACAUUCGAAGCUGGUAAUUUGAUAUCUGGCUGUCAGCUCGUUACGCCCAUUCUUCUAGUCAAUACACGAAAGAUUAAUAGGAGACGCUCGAUACAACGAAACCGUGGCUGGGUUCUUCGUACUGAAAUUUCGUUGGAAAAAAAAACAGAACGAGAUGGGACCACGGCAAGUCUCUACGAACGAGUUCACGGCGAAGACGAACGAAAGAAAGAAAGAAAAAAGAGAAAGAAAUCUACUCGAAGAAAAGAGAAAAAAAGACUCACUAUUUUUACAUUUCUCUUUUUUUAACUCUAAUUCAUCGACAAAAUUAAUCGUCGAUUAAUGAGUUUUUUAAUCACGUGUAAAGAUCAUCUUCUAUAUAUAUACCUAUACAUAUAUAUACAUAGAAUAUAUAUUUAAAAAUAUAUAUAUAUAUAUAUAUAUAUAUAUAUUCUGAAAAUAUUUUAGAUAAGAGAAUACACGCGUUUCUGCACAGUGUAAUUUGGUCUGAUAGUAGAUAGUGUUUAUCGACUAAACAAUGCCGCGUAUGGUUGCACUAACGAUACCUUCUAAGCAACCGCAACUGUGUUCUAUAAGUCAAUAACGUGUUACUACAGAAUUCUUUUGUAAUUUUCUGUUCAUUCGGUGAGAAAUGUAGUAAUACGAUUUUUUAUCCUUCUCGAUAAAAUGGCAAAUAUUUUAUUGAAAAUAUUUCCAAUACAGAACGUAGUACUACGUUUAUCGAGACUUUACGUUUAUUGAAAGAUUUGUGGCUGUCGCAGAGCGGAUUCUCACACUUAGCACAGUUCCACGUAAUACUGUUCGAAGCUUUCGGGUGGAAACUCAAAAGGAACCUGUUUCCAACGUUUCGCCAGCAUUGCGGCUGACAGCGACGAGCCAGGACACGAACACGAUUCACUGCGUUUUUAAACUGCGAAGCAGCUGGUAAAAGAAAUUUCUUUUCGACUCGGUUUCUACCAGAGAGCCUCGAACCGUGUCGUGUUCGUACUCCUGCGAGUGUUAAGCGUGAUCAAGAUUUAACAUUUCAAAUUUUGUAAUAAUUCCAAAUUUCUUAAUUUUCGACUUUUAUCAUUUUUCAAUUUUUUAACUCAACUUCUCCAAUUUCUUCGAGCUACCGAGUCUUCUAAUUUUUAAAUCUCCAAAGUCUCAAAUUUCCUUACUAAUUUUAUUGCUCUCCGCAUUUCUAUACUCGCUAAAAAAAAAAAAAAAAAAAAAACGUAUUACUACGUUCGUAAAUAUUUAGCUACGUAUUUUCAUUUCAGUCAGGAAACCGUUAAAUAAUCUACAGACGUGAAAUUUCCUAAGCGAUCUAAAUGCCUAAACUAUUCUUUAUUUUGUAUCACCGUACGAUACUUUGAAGAGGCAACGUCCGGCGUCGUGUAUGCGAGGCGAGUGAAAAGUCGCGUCACGCUGUGCAAUUUAAAUGAAAAAAAUUCCCAACGAAGAUUAUAUUAUAAUUAUGAAUAAGCGACGCAAGAUCGAUGUUCUGACAUAGUCAAUAAAGUAAUGGAAAAUCGGAGCCUGGUGCGCUGAUUCAAUUACGUGUAUCAGCAAAUUUAGCGAUUUUAGUCACUAGAAUCUAGUGACAUUUUCCUAUCUAUCGAUAAAUUGCGCGUUUCUAUGCGUUUCUAGGAAAUCGAAAGAUGCAAACGUUUCUCACGUUUCAUGCGUUCGAUGUACAUAAUGUACAAAAAUUACGUAUCCAAAAGCUAUGAAACAAAGCGCUUUCUCAAUUUUUUUCAUAGAAUUGUGAAACUUCUGGAUAUUCGCAGUUUAUCUGCCAACGAUAUUCAAACGUCUGAUUUAGUCGUUCGUAAUUUAAUAUUUUCUCCUUCUUUUUAUCAAAAUUUCUUCCCUUCUUUUACAAAUCUCGCUAUUCUUAGAACGCUUCAAUUCCUAUAAAUAUGUGACUUAACGAUACGAUAAAUUCAAAUUUCGUUUGACGAAAGAUAUUUCGUACGCGGUGAAUCGAUGAUAAUGUUUAAAGAUAUUACGACACCAGGCUCUAUACAAAGAGAAACUUAGAAGCGAAUUAAUCGUCGUGCGUAGUGUCUGUCGUGAUCGUGAUGGAUGUGAAACUUUCCAAAGAGUCUAAUUAGUCGUCAAUUGAAGUUGAUCUUGAGCUGAUAGAGCGAGCCUAUAAUUCAAUGUUUCCUCUUGGCAAGAGAAAUUGUAUUUUGAUGUUGCUGGCGGGUCCAGCCGUUGAUAAAUGUUAAUCGACGUUACGAUCGAACCAACCGCGGGCCAUCGUUCGAUAGAUCGAAUUAAGAUCGACUUGCAGAUGCUUCGACGAAAAACUAUCCAAAUAUUUUUUCAAUAGCUUUUCUACCCCUUCGACUUCAUUUCUGCCGAUUAAAAAUAUUAAAAUUGUACACGAACGUAUCGUUUCUCCAUUCUUAUUAAAAUUAUCGCAACAUCAAAAUAUUGAAACGUUAAAAUAGAAAAUUUCUUUCGUCGAGGCAUUAAAGCACGAACUGUUAUCGUUCUUUUGUUAAGAUUUCUUCGAUCGAGAAAGAGAUCUAUCGAAGCACCUGUAACUUAAUAUUACAAAAAAAUAAGCUAAAAUCUGUCAUAUCAAGUCUAAGUGUGCAAAAGCCCAACGAUGUGUUAGCUUUCUAGCGAUAAACUGUAUCAAACGAGUUCUCGCUGUUAUGGCUGUAUGUUAUGGUGUUGUAGAGAUCCUUCGUCGAGGCGUUCGUUAAAAAAAAGAAGAAAAUUCUGGAAGAACGAAAGUCUCCGUAGAGAUUGAAGAAACGAAAAUUGAAUAAAAUCUGACUCUCCGACGAAAGAUUAUUUUUCGAACCUCUCUGCGAUACUCGUCUUAGAAUGAGAAUGGAAACUAGUCAAUUUGAGAUGAAGAUGAAGAUGCGUCAGGCUUUCGCCAGAUUCGAGGAUAAUCGUUACUCUUCCUCCGUCUUUCGUGUAAUUUCUCGAUGGCCUAAUCGCAGCAACCUGGAGUCCAUACUGAACGUGUAUCAUAGUUAUUAAUCGUGGCAUGUGAUUUGCCAGGAAUAACGUGAAAUAAAUUUUUAUUAAAAAAAAAAAAAAAAAAAAAAACCA